AUGUUGGGUAUUGGAAAACGAACUUACAAUUCAUCUGUGACAAUCAUUUAUGCAUUUUUAUUUAUUCUUCUUAUCAAUCAAUUUCUUAUCGUUAAUUCAUUUCGAUUUAUGUCUCAUGAUUUCGAUGAGUACGAACCGAACGAUGUAAAACGGGUAGUUAAUCCACCAUUGGUAUAUGAAGACAUUGCGUAUCCAAAAAAAUCAUCAUUCAAUGAUUAUGAUUUUCCAUUAUUUGUAGAACCAAAAGUUGAACGUCGAUUCUGUUGUAUGAGUCCAUUACUCAGUGGUCGAAAACGAUCAAUACGAGAUUUAACAAAAAAACAAAUUGAAAGUUAA